AUGUCUUACUGCACGAGAAUUUUUCGGGCGCAGAAACUGUGUGGAUUAACACCUGAUAUCCAGCAAAGAUGUUUCAGUCUAAGUCCAUUGAGUUUUGCUGCGGCAAGGGUAGCAAUGUCAAAAUUCGAUCAAACAACCUACCUUCCGUACGACAAAUUGAGCGAAAAUUUGAAAGUCGUAAAGAAACGUCUUGGUCGCCCAUUGACUCUCUCAGAAAAAGUAUUAUAUUCCCAUUUGGAUGAACCUGAUAAGCAAGAAAUAGUACGAGGAACCAGCUAUCUUCGACUCCGACCAGAUCGUGUUGCCAUGCAAGAUGCCACAGCUCAAAUGGCUAUGUUACAAUUCAUAAGUUCCGGAUUACCAAAAGUAGCUGUUCCAUCAACAAUUCACUGUGACCACUUGAUUGAAGCCCAAAUAGGAGGAGUCAAAGAUUUGAGCCGUGCUAAAGAUAUGAACAAAGAAGUAUACACUUUCUUGCAAACCGCCGGAGCUAAAUACGGAGUAGGCUUCUGGAAUCCUGGAUCAGGAAUUAUUCAUCAAAUUAUCUUGGAGAACUAUGCUUUCCCCGGUUUGCUGAUGAUUGGUACCGAUUCUCACACGCCAAACGGAGGAGGUCUUGGUGGUCUUUGCAUUGGUGUUGGUGGUGCUGAUGCUGUUGAUGUCAUGGCAAACAUCCCAUGGGAACUCAAGUGUCCCAAGGUCAUUGGAGUUAAAUUGACCGGAGAACUUAAAGGCUGGACGAGCCCGAAAGAUAUCAUUCUAAAAGUCGCGGGUAUUCUUACGGUCAAAGGAGGUACUGGUGCUAUCGUUGAAUACUUUGGACCGGGAGUCGACAGUAUCAGUUGUACGGGAAUGGCAACAAUCUGUAACAUGGGUGCUGAAAUUGGUGCCACUACAUCUGUUUUCCCGUACAAUUACCGCAUGCAAGAUUACUUGAAAGCAACAGACCGUGCUGACAUUGCUGCCUCCGCUGACAUGUUUAGAACUAGUCUGUUGACUGCUGAUGCCAAUGCUAAAUACGAUCAAGUUAUUGAGCUGGACUUGUCUACUCUUGAGCCACAUAAAAAUGGAUGGCCUAAUGAAGUCAAGGUUGGUUUGAUUGGAUCAUGCACGAACAGCUCUUACGAAGACAUGGGACGGUGCGCUAAUAUCGCUAAACAAGCCCUUAAGCACGGUAUCAAGUCAAAAUCAACAUUCAAUGUAACACCAGGAUCAGAACAAAUUCGAGCCACUAUUGAGCGCGACGGUAUUGCUCAAACACUUCGCGAAUUUGGUGGUAUUGUAUUAGCUAAUGCGUGUGGACCGUGCAUUGGUCAAUGGGACCGUCAAGAUAUCAAGAAAGGCGACAAAAACACAAUUGUUACAUCUUACAACCGUAACUUCACUGGUCGUAACGACGCCAACCCAGCAACUCAUGCCUUCGUCACAAGUCCUGAGCUAGUAACAGCUCUUUCGAUCGCUGGACGUCUUGAUUUCAAUCCUCUUACUGAUAAACUCAAAGGCGCAGACGGAAAAGAAUUCCUUUUGGACAACCCAUUCGGUGAUGAACUUCCUUCUCGUGGAUUUGACCCUGGUAUGGAGACUUACGACGCUCCACCAGCUGACGGCAGCAAAGUUAAAGUCAAUGUUGAUCCAAAAUCACAGCGAUUGCAAUUAUUAGAACCAUUCGACAAAUGGGACGGCAAAGAUCUUACCGAUCUGACUAUUCUUAUCAAAGUAAAAGGAAAGUGUACCACCGAUCACAUCUCUGCAGCUGGACCUUGGCUAAAAUACCGUGGUCAUCUUGACAAUAUCUCAAACAACAUGUUCAUCGGUGCAGUCAACUCUGAAAAUAAUGAGGUAAACAAAAUCAAAAAUCAACUGACUGGUGAAUGGGGAGGUGUUCCUGACGUCGCUCGGCAUUACAAAAAGAACGGUAUAAGAUGGGUAGCUGUUGGUGACGAAAACUACGGAGAGGGAUCAUCUCGGGAGCACGCUGCUCUUGAACCUCGUCACCUUGGUGGUCGUGCAAUUAUUGUUAAAAGCUUCGCCCGUAUCCACGAAACCAAUCUCAAAAAACAAGGUGUUUUGCCAUUAACUUUCGCCAAUGCAACUGAUUACGAUAAAAUUCAACCAACUGACAAAAUCAGUAUUCUUGGUUUGAAAGACCUUGCACCAGGAAAACCUUUAAAAGCCGAAAUCAAACAUAAAGACGGCAAAGUAGAUACGAUUACGCUAAACCACACCUUGAAUGAACAGCAAAUCGGUUGGUUCAAAGCCGGAUCAGCAUUAAACCGUAUGAAGGAAAUCGCAUCAGGACGUUAA